AGCACCAAAGUCUGUAAUCUACAAGUACUUGGACAAUCGUUUCUUACCGUUCCAGUGCUUUGAAGUAGCAGACAUGCGUGGUUGGCACACUGUCGUAGGAGAGAACAAAGCUUUUGUCAGCCUCAUAAUAUACACUGAAACAAAUAUCACCAUAUACGAGUACAACGGCUGGACAUUCCAAUUAUCAACUGAGCAAUUCGAUACAUCCUCCAUCGCAAUACCAAUCAAUUCAAUGUCAGUUCUCUACUCUGAUUUUAGAGCUGACUUGGUCUUUGCGAGCCAUGCCGCACAAAAUGAACAAGAGAUAAACCUGUUCAAACUUAAGUUUCUCACUGUUAACCUUGCUUCGAAUUUGGCCGACGUAUCAGAGUCGGUAUGUGACGAUGAGAUGGCUGAGUAUGAGAACAUUACUAAUAUUCAUACAAAUAUCAUCGUCAAAGUGCCGGAUGUGGUCAACGUGGACUUUGGUAAUUUCAGUGUUGGUGCAAACUCCUCCUUUUUAGAUGGGCUUUCAGCUGAAGACGUAGAAGUGGACGAUGUUGAAGUUAAAGAUGAUCAGGUCUUGACGAAUGCUGAGAAAGCCCAGCUGGCUAGGAUCAUUGGAAAGAAGGACAUAAAUGCCGAAAUGAUUUCUACUAUGGAGACUGAGCUUCCUAAUACAGUUCUAUUAAAUACAUCCCCUCAGACGGUCUCAGGUCAAAAGACUUUUGCUUCCUUUAAUGCAGUGGGUGACCCUUCACCUUCGACCCUCACUGUAACCUCUGACAUUGUGAACACUGAUAUCAAUGUUCAGGAUCUCAAUGAUGAAUAUAUAGACAAAACAGCUGAUGUAGAUAUAUCUGUCACCUUGACCAUUAGCGGAGGCAUCGAUGUGACGGGAGAACUGACUACGACAGGUACGGUAGAUGAUGUAGAUAUGACGGAUAUAGUCACACUCUCUGGAGACCACACUAUUACAGGAGUCAAGACAUUUACUGGUUUAAUAACUGCAAAUGGAGAAUUUGAUGUUGAUGGAACCGUUGACGGUGUCACCCUGACAACAACAACCGUCUUGCAGACCACAGGAACUCAGACAGUGAGUGGAUUGUAUACCUUCAGCGCUUCAAUCACAGCUACGGAGAAUGUGAUAGUAACUGGUACAGUGGAUGGUGUGGAUCUAUCAGAGCUCAAAGAUGAAGCUGUUUAUCUUGCCGGGGAGCAUGAUAUCACCGGUCCCAUGACAUUCAAUGGUGCAGUGACCAUGGGUGCUGGUCUAACGGUCACUGAUGGGAAUACAGUGGACGGAGUGGACAUUGAAGACCUUGAUGCUAACAUACUACGCAAGACUGUGGAGCAGGAUGUAUCUGCGACAUACACCUUCACCUCCCCACUGACUGUAGAGGGCGACGUCACUGUUGAUGGAUUAGUAGAUAAAUUGAACUUUCCGUUUGAUGUCGUUCUGAUUGAUGAUCCUAACCCGGUUCGCAUGGCAGGACCUCUGCAGUUUACAAGUGAUCUCUAUUUGGAGUCUCUUACCCUACGGGAUCGUAUCAAUAACAUCAAUGCUCUUGAUCCAUACAACAACCUUGACCUGCUACUCACAGCUCCUAAGAACACCAAGAAAGUUCAGCAAAUGACGGGAAGUAUUGAGUUUGGUAGCAGCAUCUACCUCAAUGAUACCACCCUCAUAAAGGACAGGGUUGAUGGUGUCAACCUGAAGACGACGGUUCCAGAUACUGUCUUGAACUAUGGAGACCAGACAAUUACAGGAUCCAAAACCUUUGCAAAGAACGUGGACAUCGAUGGAACGCUAACAGUGACUGACGACAUUGAUUCAGUAGAUAUCAAUGAUUUAGAUGAUAAUGCCAUCAAACUCAGUAGUGGAGACCUGGGUUCAACUGGAAAUCUGGAUUUCAGUGGAUAUAUUGAGUUCCAGGAUACAAUCACCACCAACACCUUGUACACCUUUGGAGAAACCCUUGUUCUCUCUGAUCUCGUCACUCAAGGAACCGAGGAGACGAUCGGUGGCGCCAAGUCCUUCUCUGCAGUGACAUCCAGUGACAAUAUCCUGGUAACAUCCAACAUAAAUGAUGUCCCCAUUGAUAGACUCUACAGGGAUGCAGUCAAGCUGGAUGAUUCAUCGGCGGUGUCCAUCUCUGGGUCGUGGGAGUUCAGCAAUGAUGUCGUAAUUGGAUCGACCUUAAGUGUAACUGGUGAUAUUGAUGGUAUUGACUUGGAUGAUGCUGUAACCAUCACUGGUGAUCAAACAAUCACCAGCGAUACCUCAUUCACCCAGACUGUGACAGCUUCAACAAGUUUUUCUGUCGAUGGUAACUUGGUGCUUUCUGGUGACUUAAAUAAUGAAGACGUAUCGUCAGUAGCAACUGAUACUCUGAAAUGUUCAGGUGUUCAGGAAGUAGCAGGAAGUAAAACAUUUGAGACUCUGACCAUUGAAGACAACCUUGUAGUCUCUGGUACUGUUGGAACGGUGGAUGUCUCUGACAUGUACGAUGAUGCAGUCUUCAUCACAGGAGAUCAAGAUAUUGAUGGUGUCAAGACAUUUUCUGCAGCUCCAUCUUUCACUGAUGUUGACUUCAAUGAUAAGGUAGACGGUAUCAGUGUUCCUGGCUUCUUUAACACGGUCCUGACCCAAGACACGACCCAGGAAGUAAUUGGCCAGGUUCAAACUGUUGAUGUUAAGAUAGAGGAUGAUGUCUCGGUGACUAGUACAGUCAACACAUUGGUCCUUGAGGAUAUGUGGGCAGACUCAGCAAAGACUACAGAUUCUUCGUACACAGUGCCUAUCACAUUAUCUGAUGUGGAUUCUGAGGAUGAUGUGACUGUAUCGGGAUCAGUAGAUGGGAUUAUCAUCAGCAGAGACGUGGCUCUUUCAAGUGUAGCCGAUCAGGUGUUUACAGGUUCUAAGGGUUUUGAAGCUGAUGUAUCUUUUGGAGCAAACAUUGAUGUUGUAGUGGUCAAUACCAUCAAUAUCUUGUCAUUAUGGAAUAAUGUUGUAAAGAAUGUUGGCAAUCAGGAUAUCACAGAGGGGAAAACAUUUACAAAUGGAAUCACUAUUAAUGGGAACCUCAUAGUAACCGGUACAGUGGAUGGUGUGGACGUAUCUGACCUCAAAGCUCGUGCUGUAGUGACUUCAGACGUUGCUAAUGCUGUUCAGACCAUUACCGCAGCGGUCACUCUCUCGGAUGUUACUGCUGAAAUGAAUGUCAACUACGAUGGAACCAUCCAAACAGUUGAUAUCCAGGACUUGGACACUUACUACUUCAGCCGUUCGGCCUCUUCGCACACCAUCACUGGUAGCAAACGCUACACAGGUGAUGUUACCAUAGCAACCGGUGCUUCUAUAAGUGUGACUGUCCUUGACCUUGACGGGACUUUGAAUACACACGACAUGGACCAGCUGUAUACAGAAGUCUGGAUGGAUGAUGGCGUUGAUACUGUGUACGGUGUCAAGACGUUUCAGCAGUGUAUUACUAUCAAAGGUGACCUGCUUGUUGAUGUCGCCAUCGAUGGCGUCGAUGUAUCUGGCAAUGUCAUGGUGACCAAUGAAGACCAGCUCGUAACCGGAUUCAAAAUAUUCAGCUCUGACGUCGAAAUCGAUGGGCAGAAUCUCAACUUUGAGAAUGUCAUAACCAUUGAUGGUGUGGACGUUUCUGAUUGGGGAGCGAAUGCAGUCUUGAAGGACUCCGGCUAUACCAUCUCUGUAGAUCUAUCAUUUGAAUCAAUCCACUUUGAUGGUGAUCUUGUUGUGGAUGGGCAAUGCAGUGGGCUUGACUUUUCCCCAACAAACUUCAUGACCAGAUCCAGAGAUCAGACAGUCACUGCCGUCAAAACUUUUCAGUAUGGUGUCAUGUUUUCAGGGAACAUGGAUGUUACUGGCACGGUUCAAGGGGCUGAUGUAGAGGUCAUUAAAACUACUUCAUUAUUGGUAUCGGGUGACCAAACCAUCUCAGGUUCUAUGACUAUUCAGACCAGUCCAACGUUUACCAACAUCACUACAUCAGCUCUCAUCGAUGGAGAGGAUGUGGUGGAGCUCUAUCUACGUACCCAUACAACACUAGAUCUGGAUGAUUUUGAAGAGUUCCUGGAUGAUCAGUGUCAUCUCAUCGAUGACAUGCAUGAUGCAUUCCAAAACCAAGCCUAUAUCUUGAGGUACCCGGAGCUGGUCCAAACCUUCCAGACCAAUGGGUAUGGUAAAUGGAGAGGGUAUUAUUUUGAUGGUAUCCAAUGGCUGAUACAGGCGAUGGGUGAUCCCUACCGGGACUCUGCAGGAUGUCAGAACUCAUUCAUCUUCCAAUGGAAUGAUGAGAACAGCAGAUAUGACCACUUUAAGACCCUCAAGCUGGCGUACGUCCAUGAUGUUGCAUUCUUUGAUCAUGAGGGUUGGCUAUUCAUGGCUGUCAUAACCUCAAACGUUGCAAGAAGUUGUGAAGAGCGCUUUCUCCUCCCUGCUCAACUUGAACCAGCCAAGAAUGAAUCCUUUAACCUUGAUGUAAUCCCAGCAGCUUUUGCAGGAAUCACCAACCGUUUCAUCCUGAUCUACGUAUGGUCCCCCACCGUCGACCAAUUCUUCAUCUACCAACGUCUUGCUGGGGUUGGUUCUGUGUCUGUUGACCACUACACUGACCCAAACUCAAACCAACCCUGUUUGGCUGUAGCUAACCAUCGGGCUAUCAUAGGCGGUAAUGUGACAUCAGCAGUCCAGUCGGCAAUAUACUGUAUGGAGUUUGUAGCAUUUGGCUUCAACCACAACCAUGUAAUUGAUACUCUUGGUGCUAUUAAGAUUCAUCCAUUUGUCUAUGAUGACAUCCUCCAUCUGGCCGUAGCUAACCGACUAGACACGGCAGAAAGGACUUUCAUGGUUGAGUCUGCUAUCUGGGGAGACUUCGUCAAGGAAGUAGUCAUCACCACAACCGCUGUAGCAGAUGUGGCUGUCAAGGAAUUCCGUGAUACCUACUAUGUGGCCUUUGCUAAUGAAUUUGAGGGACAGUUAGAGUUUGAAGAAUACGACGUGCCUGUAUCUAUUUACACCUAUGUUUAUGAUGCUGACGGUGAAUCUCAGAUAGAUCUCUGGCAAGAGAUUCCUGCUUUCCGGGUCAAGUCCUUGGAGUUUGUCGUGAUCCAUGACCAGCUCUUCUUAGUAGUUAUUAACCGAACCAGCUCAUUAAAUAUCUUCCGUUAUGAAGGAAUGCAGAAGUUUCAGGUCAUCCACACAAUACCGUUGGAAGGAGCACUUGAUGUGAUUGUCUACCCAUUUAAGAAUGACCGAGAGAUCAUCUACAUAGCUGCCAUGGCAUAUGGAGAACAACCAGCAGUAUUUGCUGAUUCUCAAGUCAGAACGAAAAACAUGAAUUCAUUUAUUCUCCAAUUAUACUUUGAUGGUUUCAAAACAGAUACAACAGGGUGCAGUUGGCCUUGAUGUUAGUGUGUCGUACUCUCGAUUGCUGCUUUCCAGAUCUCGUUGUCUGAAGUGGUUAUGAAUACCAGUUACCGCACCAAGAUCUUUCAGGGCCUUGCUGCCUUGAGUUUUAACUUAUUCCAGACUCACAAAAAAGCAUAAGAAAGUCCUAAUGACAUUGUAAUCGUGAUUCAUUUUCUUUUCCUUUAUUUUCCUUUUCCCUUUUUCUUUUCGUUUGAUUUUUUUUUUUGUCAAUUAUGUUGGCUUGGUACAAGUCAUAACAGAUUAUUUUUGUUGAGGUCAUGCUCAAUUUGGAGCCAUGUCAUAAUGAGACGAUAGCAAUAAUCUAUUUUAAAGUAAUUGGCUUGGAACAAAAGGUACUAGUAUGUGGGAUGU